AUGCGCUUCCUUUUAACAUUACAGCGAACUCUAAAGUCUGCCGAAGCGACCAAACAAGAAGCAAUUAAAAAGCUGGACCUGAAAAUUUCACAGCUGGAAGGCAUUAUUGCCAAGAAAGAUAUCGAGAUUGACCUGCUGAAGAAGGAAUCGCAGUCGAGUGUAGCCGAGGUCAGACAACGGUUCAACGCCGAUAGGGCGAAACUCAUCGAGCUCCAUGCAGCGGAACUGAGAAAGCAGAACGAUGCCGUAAAACAACAAACCGCAGAUUUAUUGCAAUGCAAGGCCCAGCUGGAUCAAAUGAAGUGCGAACUAGAAGAAAAAGUAACCGAAGUCCUUGAGUUGCAAAACCAUGUGAAGGAACUGCAUGCCGAGAAGGAAAGUCAGGGUCGAGCGGUAAGUUCAGUGAACGUUCCAUUGCUGACAGGAGCUCUUGCAUCUUCAGAUUGAAC